GUCCAGGAAACAACAGAGGGCCACAGUCUGCCUGUCUGAGGGGACUGACACACACACACACACACACACACACACACACCUCAAGCAGAGAAAAGAAAAUAUUUGAACACUGAAUAUUGGACAGGCAAAGGAGACUAAAAAAGAUGAAUAUUCCAGUUGUCUUCUCCGUCCUGCUCGUCAUUUCUACCGUCCAGGCUUUCCAGUAUACGGAGCUGGCACAGUACGUCGACAGCCAUGAAGAAGAUUACGUAGAGGCUCUGCGGGAUUGGGUUGCGAUUGAAAGUGACUCCAGUAAUGUCCUGAGGAGACCAGACCUGCACCGCAUGAUGGAGGUGACUGCUCAGAAGCUGAGGCUGAUGGGAGGGGCCGUGGAGCUGGUGGACAUCGGAGAACAAGAGCUUCCCAAUGGCCAGACAUUGGCAUUGCCGAAAGUGGUGACAGCUCAGUUUGGCAAUGACUCCAACAAAUACACAGUGUGUGUCUAUGGCCACGUGGACGUCCAACCAGCGAAGCUAGAGGACGGCUGGGCAACGGAUCCCUACAACCUGACUGACAUCCGUGGUAACCUGUAUGGGAGAGGAGCAUCAGACAACAAGGCCCCAGUUUUAGCCUGGAUCCAUGCUGUGGAGGCUUACCAGGCCCUCAACAUGGAGCUGCCGGUGAAUGUGAAGUUUGUCAUCGAGGGCAUGGAGGAGACGGGCUCUAACGGCCUGGACGCAAUGAUCCUGGCCCAGAGAGACACCUUCUUGUCUGAUGUGGAUUACAUUAUCAUCUCAGACUGUGGCUGGCUCAGCAGACGACCCGCCCUCACCUACGGCACCAGAGGCAACUGCUACUUCUUUGCUGAGGUUGGAGGACCCAAACAGGAUUUACAUUCUGGAGUGUAUGGAGGAGCUGUGAUUGAACCAAUGACUGACCUUAUUGGCAUUCUUGAUACACUGAUCAGCCCCAGUGGUAACAUCCUGAUUCCUGGGAUCAGGGAGGCUGUGGCUCCCCUCUCUGAUGAGGAGUGGAAGAUGUACCAGGACAUCCAGUUCGACAUGGACAGCUACAAGAACAAGAUCGGGGUCGACCAGCUCAUGUACAGCAACAAGGUGGACUUACUGGCCCACAUGUGGCGUUACCCCACCGUCACCAUCCAUGGCAUUGAGGGGGCCUUCUCCGACCCCGGCACAAAGACAGUCAUCCCAGCUAAGGUUACGGCCAAGUUCUCCAUCAGACAGGUUCCCAACAUGGAGCCCGCAAUGGUCAAGAAACAGGUAACUGACUACCUUCACUCUGUGUUCGCCAAGAGGAAAAGUCCUAACAAGCUGAAAGUCACCAUGGUGAUUGGAGCAAAGCCUUGGCUGGUGGACACUCAGCACCCUCUCUACGAGGCUGGGAGGGCUGCUGUCAAGAGAGUGUUUGACAUGGAUCCUGAUCUGAUCCGUGAGGGCGGGACCAUCCCCAUUGCCAAGACCUUCCAGGAGGUGACGGGGAAAAGCAUCAUCAUGAUGCCCAUCGGAGGCUUUGAUGACGGGCUGCACUCGCAGAAUGAGAAAAUGAGCAGGUACAACUACAUCGAGGGAACCAAGUUAUUCAUCGCCUACCUGAAUGAAGUAUCCCAGAUUAAGAGGACUAGUGUGUGAUGUUGUGCAGCAUUGUUAAGUGACGUCCUUAAAGGUACAAUGAGUUCUCUCUGACGCCUUUCUAUUUCCACUGCCUUUAUCUCUGUGUUUUAUUUAUCUCCAUCUCUGUCUCUCUACCUAUCGUUUUCAUUUGGCAUCGUGAGUCAAUGUAAUGCUACAUUCUGACUGUUUGUUAGUGUCCAUGGAUCAUCACUCACUUUGCAAAUGUGGAAUGUGUUCAUGUUCCUCCUAAUGUCAGACAGCACUGUAAGUGUGUGUGCAUGUGUGUCAAGUAGUAAAAGCUUUACAAUGCAA